AUGAACACAUCGCUCACCGUCGCCGCCCGACGUGCAGCCCUCCGAGCGAGGGCUGCCCCUCGUCUCCGAUGCUACGCAACCCCUGCUACGUCGGCGCCGACGACACCUGCACCGUUGACCUCGCCAGAGGACGAUGACCCCCAGUUGGGCGACUACCCUCGUCUGCCUUUCGUGUCGAAGCAGACCCGCCCUGCCCUCGGAUGGGAGGACCCGCAGUUCAGGAGGAAUUACGGCGAACCCCUCCAUGAACAAGAGGAGGUUCUGUCCAUGUGGGGUCCCGACGUCCCCGUUGUCCCGCCUCCAACUGCGUUGCGCUGGUUCUCCAUCGCCGUCCUUGGAUUCGUCUCGCUUGCGACGCUGGUCAGCUACGCGCGCCCCCAAAUUCCUGCCGUACGCCGCGAGUAUCCCUUCGACGGACUGGUGAGCGAGCUUGGUGGACUGGAGGAGAACAAGGCGAGGGGGGAGAACGACACCGAGGCAGACGAGUAGAUCUGUAUCCUAUCGUCUUCAAUAUUGCAUGAUUCGUCUGUUUCAUGCCGACCGCCGCAACAAUUCAGACGCGGAAGUUACACUAUGAUGAAUUACACGGAGCCGCUAUCGCUAUACAUGAAGGUAGUAUAUCUACGAAAUAAGUUACUAAAUCUGCCCUAGCAUGGCC